ACAAGAUGUAAUCCGCCAGAAAAUUAAACGAAGAAGCAGCACUGCCACCGCCGCUUCUGGUUUUGGCGUUAUGGCUUAUGUGAGGCCCCACGUCGAGGGCAACGUAAUGACCUGACGGUGCCAUCGAUCCUGUAGUGGUUGCCUAUUUUUGGGACGAGGACCGUGGGACUCCGAGUUGGUUUGGGGAUCGCUUGGUUUGAGCCACGGAUGGAAACGGAGCUCUUCAAAAUGGCAACCCCCUAUGUUACGGAUGAGUCUGGAAAAUACAUUGCCGCCACGCAGCGGCCGGAUGGCACGUGGAGGAAACCGCGGCGGGUGAGGGAAGGCUAUGUCCCCCAAGAAGAGGUCCCGGUAUACGAAAACAAAUAUGUGAAGUUCUUCAAAAGCAAACCAGCUCUACCUCCAGGCCUGAGUGCAUCGGAUUCCGAGCCCCAGAAGCAGCAGCAGCAACAGCAGCACAAGAUCCCGGGAUGUGCAGACGGCGCCGCCGGCAGCCUCUCCAAGUCGGCCAAGCGCAAUCUGAAACGGAAAGAGAAGCGAAAACAGCAGCAACAGCACGACCCAGAGGAGAGUGCGGCUGACGUGGCGUCUCUCUCCGAUGCUGUUGAGAAUGUGAACAUCUCAGCGGGUGGCGAGCACUUGCACAAAGUGGCGGCGGCAGAUGAUUCCCCUGAAGCGGAAAAAGCUAAGAAGAUUAAGAAUAUGAGAAAGAAGCUGCGUCAGGUGGAAGAGCUGCAGCACAAGGUGGACUCGGGGGAAAUCAAGCAGCCAACACACGAUCAGUUGGAAAAGUUGGCCCGGGCCAAGACUCUGCGAGAAGACUUGGAGCAGCUGGAGGGCCACUCGUGAGAACGGACAAAUGUGGUCAAAUACUUCCUGUGUGAUUCCAUCUCAUAUCAGUUAACAUGGGCGACCUGAACCAGCCCUCCAUGGAGCCAUGUAUUCCAAUUAGAAUGAAUCCAAAUGAGCAAAGGGAAUGAAAAUGCUCCAUACAAACUCCUCUAUUGGAAUAAAAUGGCCAAAUCCCUGUGGCAUUUUAUUGGGUUUCACAAGGGAAGCUAUAUUCCUUUUGCCCAUCCCAAUGCGAGUGAUUUGAAAAGUUAAAUCACAAUAUUUGCCCUGCAUCCGUCCUGCGCGUUCUCUGUCUUGACCUAAAUGCGUCGUGGCGUUGUCAUGUGUGCACUUGAAAAUGGCAGCGUCUUACCAGAGCUCAUCUGCAACGGGAAAACUUCUUUUUAAGUACUUGGAACUUUUUAUCAAGGUUUUGCUUUCAGGAAAAAAUCCCAACUACUGUGCUCAAUAGACCAAAUGAACUCAAUCUUGAUGAUUAAAUGAUCGCCGCCAGUCACCCGGCUGGUCUAAUGAGUGUAGUGGAGCGUGUGAAUGUUAGAUAGGAAUACAAACCCAAUUCCAAUGAACUUCUCUCUUUGCGUUAAACAUAAAUGAAAACAGAAUAUAAUGAUCCUCACUAGGAUCAAGCGGUUAGGAAGAUGAAUGAAUAUAAUGAUUUGCAAAUCUUGUUCAACCUGUGUUUAAUUGAAUACAUCACAAUGCCGGGAUAUUUCUUGUUCAAACUGAAGCUUUAUUGUAGCAAAUAAUCAUGAACUUUGAAUUUUAUGGCUGCAACACGUUCUGAAAAAGCUGGGACAGAGUCGUGUUUGCCGCUGUGUUACAUCACCUUUUCUUUUAACAACAUUCAAAAAACAUUUGGGAACUAAGGAUACUAAUUGUUGAAGCCUUGUAGGUGGAACUCUUUCCCAUUCUUGCUUGAUGUUCAGCAUGUUGAUUUUUGAUCCGGUGCCGCCUGCGGGAUUCAAUGUUGGUUUUCGGCCUUGCCGCUUCCAUGCGGUUAUUUCUCCAGAAUCUCUGAACCGUUUGAUAAUGUUCUGGAUUUCGAUUAUGAAAUCCUUCAAUCAUUGUCCUUAAACUGGUCGACUAUUUUCUCACGCAAUUGUUCACAUAGGUGAAAGGUGACAGAGCAAUUCUGGGAAGCUCUUAAUAGCCAAUCACUUCACCCACCUUUUGCCAGUUUGACCCAGUGACCUGUGGGAAGUUCCAAACUAGUGUUUGAUGAGCAUCCAUCAACGUUGUCUAUUUUUGCCCCCUGUCCCAUCUUUAUUGGACCGUGUUUAUGAUUAUUUGCUAAAAAAUCAAAAGGAUCAGUUUGAACAUGAAAUAUCUUGUCUUUGUGGUGUGUUACAUAUAGGUUGAACAUGGUUUGCAAAUCAUUGUCUUCUGUUUUAUUUUUUUUGUUUAAUACAACAUCCCAAAUUCAUUGCGAUUGGAUUUGGAGAUCGUGUCUCGUCUCGAGAUCGCGUCUUGAUUCGGAAUGAUUGCAGUCAGCAUGACCAAAACGUCUCCAUGUAAAGCCGGCUCUUGAGCAACUCGCGCCAAGUCUGCCCUGUUACUUACAUUUCACAGUGCUCUUUGUUUGUUUGUUUGUUUUUUUCCACAUCUUUUAAACAAAACAAAACCCAACUUGUGUUCCUUCUUAUCCAUUUUGUAUCUUUUGAAAACAAAAACAUGCAAUGUGGCUUGUUGACGUGUGUGUUAAAAAUGAUUGAUGUAAUCAUUUGGCACCAUCUUAAAUUAAAACCACAUGCGACAGCAAA